GAAGUGACAGCCGUGGUUCAGAAAGAAGACCAGGAAAGGUACAGGAAGUGACGUUGCUUCCUUGUUGCCAUGGCGUCUGAGCUGCAGGAGGCGAUCUGCAUGGCCAAGCAGGAGCGUCACAAGAACCUGUUCCUCAACUACAGGAACCUGAACAACUUUCCGGUGGAGCUGCUGAAAGAUGAAGGACUACAGUUUCUACAGAGGCUUUAUAUGAAGAGGAACUCUCUCACCACGCUGCCGGAUAAUCUAGCACAGAAGCUCCCCAACUUAAUAGAGCUGUAUCUGCAUUCCAACAAUAUAACCUGUGUUCCUGAAGCUAUAGGUAACCUGUCCAGGCUGCAGUCUUUAGACCUGAGUGACAACGCUCUGCAAUUCAUCUGUCCAGAGAUCGGCAGGCUAAGGUCCUUACGACACCUGAGACUGGCCAAUAACCAGCUGAAAUACCUGCCUCCAGAGAUUGGAGCCCUGUGUGACCUAGAGACCCUGGAUGUCAGUAGGAAUGUGUUGGUGCGUCUCCCAGAGCGGCUGCACCAGUGUCUGUCUCUCCAGUGUCUCACUGCUGACAGGAACAACCUGACCAGCUUCCCCAGACAGCUCUGCCAACUCCACAGCCUCAACGAGCUCAGUAUGGCUGCUAACCAACUCACCUCUCUACCCCUAGAUUUGGGUCGUUCCAGAGAGCUGCAGUUUGUGUUUGUUGACAACAACGUCCAUCUCAAAGGCCUUCCUUCAUACCUGUACAACAAGGUGAUUGGCUGCAGCGGGUGUGGUCUGCCAGGGCAGGUUUCUGACCGGGUGCCCCAGCCUCUGUCUCUGUCUCUGGGAGAUGUGUCUCUCCCUUUGCCUGCUGAGGUGAAAGCUAUAGGCUCAGAGACGGAGCGAGUGGGCCCCCUGGAGGAGCUCGCCAUGAGGGCCCUGCACAGCAUGUACGGGCAACAGCCAAUCAGAGAGCGGAGUCUGUUGCCGCCCUUCCUGUUACCCAGAAGCCUUCUGGACCUGCUCCAAUGCCCCCUGGGACAUUGUCACCGCUGCAGUCAGCCCAUGUUUACCAUCAUCUACCCCAAACUGUUCCCUCUCAGAGAGACCGCUCUGGCUGGGGUACACCGCAGAACCACAGUGAGUUUCGUGGCCUACUGCUGUUCCAGUCAGUGUGUUCAGACAUUUGAUCUGCAGCAAUGACAUCAUGGUUCCUCCACCUCUUCCUCUCCCCUUCAGUCAUCAUCUCCUCCUCUGGUCUCCUGGGUGAAUGAAUGAAGGAUGGAUGAAGAACUGUGGGAAUCCUGAACGUCUCAGGAGGACUUGCAUAGCCCCUGACUGGUGGACAUGAGGAACUGACCAUCUCAGUAGGACAUGCAUAGCCUCUGGACUGGUGGACAUGAGGAACUGAAGGUCUCAGGAGGACAUACAUAGCCUCUGGACUGGUGGACAUGAGGAACUGAAGGUCUCAGGAGGACAUGCAUAGCCUCUGGACUGGUGGACAUGAGGAACUGACCAUCUCAGGAGGACAUGCAUAGCCUCUGGACUGGUGGACAUGAGGAACUGAAGGUCUCAGGAGGACAUGCAUAGCCUCUGGACUGGUGGACAUGAGGAACUGAAGGUCUCAGGAGGACAUGCAUAGCCUCUGGACUGGUGGACAUGAGGAACUGAAGGUCUCAGGAGGACAUGCAUAGCCUCUGGACUGGUGGACAUGAGGAACUGAAGGUCUCAGGAGGACAUGCAGAGCCUCAGCAGCCUGUGACCAGUCCAGCAGUCUGUAAUGGGCAUGGACGGUCCAAUUGAAAGGACAAUAUUGGUAUUAAUAAUCCACAUCUUGACAUAUCUACUGUCCAACGACUAACAUCUCUUAAUACAGCAUCAUUCUACUAAUGGUUUCUUUCUGGUUUCAGUUAGUUCCAGCAGCAACUCAGAGCGUGUCAGUAUUUACUGGUGUGAACUAGCUGCUCUGUUCACCAGCCAAACGUUCACCUGACAGGUGCAUCACAAUAACAAGAAGUGACGAGUGUUUUUGUUUUUGUAGAGGAGAAUCUAUUCUGAUAAUUUCUAUGGAUUUUUACAUGACACUGGUUGACAAAAAGUGUUUGAAGAAUGUCACUUCGGCCGUAUCGCAUGAUAUUUGUUCUAAACCUGUUCUAAAUAUGUAAUACUGGUAGGUGUGUUGCCCCCCACUCCAGCCUGAAGGACUUAAGAUAAUAGACACAUUAGUUAUUGGGCGUUUCUUUUCCUGUAGACACAUCAGACUCUAAGACCUCUGACAAGUUUUUAAACUUUACAAAAUUGGUCUUUGAGGGUAAAAAAUGGUUUUUGUUUGCAAAAAAAGGUUAACUUCUGAAACAGUCUGGUAACCUGAAUGUUUAUGAAGGAUGUAAAACAAACUUUGUUUCCAUUCAGUUUGAUUGUGACUCAAAGCAACGCUUUGGUUCUUUAGCUGAAAACCAAAGGAACUGAAGCUCAUAACAGAAGUGUUUGGGCCCUACCGGACCAGACUUGCCAAUCCCGGCUGUAGGUCCAUGCAGCAGACUCUCUGUCUUGGCUAGACGGACUGAGAGACUGGGAUAGGAGGCAGCAGACUCUCUGUCUUGGCUAGACGGACUGAGAGACUGGGAUAGGAGGCAGCAGAGCUCUAUCUCUAUGGCUGUGUCUGAAGUGGCAACUUAUUCCCUAUAUAGUGCACUACUUUAGACCAGAGCUCAUAGGGAAUAGAAUGUAACCCAGAGACAGCCUAUAUUAACAUGUGUAGAAUGUAACCCAGAGACAGCCUAUAUUAACAUGUGUAGAAUGUAACCCAGAGACAGCCCAUAUUAACAUGUGUAGAAUGUAACCCAGAGACAGCCCAUAUUAACAUGUGUAGAAUGUAACCCAGAGACAGCCCAUAUUAACAUGUGUAGAAUUUAACCCAACAUUAACAACCUGAUGAUUGAAAGUCAUGAAAACAGAACCUACAUUUAGUGGUGAGAAUGUUGAGACUCCGCCAGGGUUCUGUCGAGGGUUGAGACUCCGCCAGGGUUCUGUCGAGGGUUGAGACUCCGCCAGGGUUCUGUCGAGGGUUGAGACUCCGCCAGGGUUCUGUCGAGGGUUGAGACUCCGCCAGGGUUCUGUCGAGGUUGAGACUCCGCCAGGGUUCUGUCGAGGUUGAGACUCCGCCAGGGUUCUGUCGAGGGUUGAGACUCCGCCAGGGUUCUGUCGAGGGUUGAGACUCCGCCAGGGUUCUGUCGAGGGUUGAGACUCCGCCAGGGUUCUGUCGAGGUUGAGACCCCGCCAGGGUUCUGUCGAGGGUUGAGACCCCGCCAGGGUUCUGUCGAGGUUGAGACCCCGCCAGGGUUCUGUCGAGGUUGAGACCCCGCCAGGGUUCUGUCGAGGGUUGAGACUCCGCCAGGGUUCUGUCGAGGGUUGAGACUCCGCCAGGGUUCUGUCGAGGGUUGAGACCCCGCCAGGGUUCUGUCGAGGGUUGAGACCCCGCCAGGGUUCUGUCGAGGGUUGAGACCUCGCCAGGGUUCUGUCGAGGGUUGAGACUCCGCCAUGAAUGUCUGAAUCUCACAACUCAAGAGGAAUGGUGAACAAAAUGAUAAUUUACCUCAUCCCAAAUGGCCCCCUUUUCCCCAUGGGCCCUGGUCUAAAGUAGUGCACUGUGUAGGGAAUAAGAUGCAUCUUGAGACACAACCAGUAUGUGACAUUGGAUUAUAAAACCAGCAGCAAGAUGUCUAGAUGAGGAUUGGGUCUAUUGCCACUUUAUUUGUUUGGCUUUCUAAUUUUUAUUACAUUGUUAGAUAGUUAUUAUUAUAACAUUGUUAUAACUGUGAAUAUGAUUACUAUAUUGUAUAAUUUGUAAUCAAUUACUUUUAUUUUAAUGUCUGACAUUUUGGCAAUAAACAAUGUUUAAAUUGA